AAUUACCGAAGACAUUUAUCAAAAAUAAUUUCUAAAAUAUUAAAUUUAGAAAUUUGUCCGAAAAGAUUCCAAAGUAUCAAGCAUCAUUUUAUGAGGAAAUUAAAAUCGUUUGAACGAUUGCGACCGAUGGAACAAGCAUUUUAUUAUCUUUCAUCUAUAUUAUCGGAGAAAUUCUUCACAUAUGAAGAAAUAUUAAAAGCUAGUGCUUAUAUAACUAUUGAAGAAACUAAAAAGUUUAUAAACAUGUUCAUCCAUAAAAUAUACAUAGAGUGCUUCAUAUAUGGUAAUAUGAAUGAAGAACAAGCCCUAAAUAUAGCUAGAAAUCUGGAAUUUGAUAUGGUCAUUUUAAAUAAUGUACAAAUGUGCACACGAAAUGAAUUAGAACCGCAUCGUGUAAUUAAGUUAGAUAAAGGUAUGUAAACAUAAAGCUGACUUGUAGUUUUAAA